AUGUGCAAAACUAGUACAUCUAAAAGGACAACACAACAAUUUAAAAGCCUUAAUGCGUACGGAGCAAGUACACCUCUAAAUUUGAUAGGGAAAUUUGAAUCAGAAAUAUGUGUCGACGGGGAAAUACAAUCUGCAGAAUUUCUGGUGACAGAUACUGUUUGUGGAUCUUUGUUAGGAUAUCGUACAGCGACUGCGCUGAAAGUGUUAAAAAUAGGUGCAAAUAUAAAUACGUUGGAAAGCAAUGAAGAAUUCAAAAGGAAAUACCCAGAAUGUUUUCAUGGAACUGGAAAAUUGAAAGAUUUUCAGUUAAAAUUACAUAUUGAUAAGACUAUUGAGCCAGUUGCUCAGCCUGUAAGAAGGCUGCCAUUCAGCUUAAGGGAAAAAGUUGAACAGAAAAUCGAGGAUUUAGAGUCAAAGGACAUAAUAAAAAGCAAUAGGUGCUACACCAUUUGUGUCGCCAUUAGUUGCCGUGACCAACGGAAACAAUGA